GAGAGAAGAAAGAAACGGGGAGAAAAAGAGAGAGAGAGAGAAAAAAAAGUAAAAGACAAAGAGCAAAGUCAAAGUAGUUUCUUGGCUGGGAAUCCGUCCAGCAGACUGCAGAGACUUCAGCUUUGUGUCCAAGUGAAUGGACAAAACCAGUGUGACUGGGAGUGUAGUGGGAGGACAGACUGGUUUUCAACCCACAGUGAGCAGACUGUCAAACACCAUGGCCGACAGCGUGAAUGAGGAGUCGGAUUAUAACCCGGGGAAGGAUGAGCUGGACUGGGGCUACGAGGAAGGUGUAGAGUGGGGACUCCAUUUCCCAGCAGCCAAUGGCGAGUACCAGUCUCCAAUUAACCUAAACUCCAGGGAGGCCCAGUACGACCCGUCCCUCCUAGACGUCGGUUUAUCACCAAACUACGUGGUGUGUCGAGACUGUGAGGUCAUCAACGAUGGACACACUGUCCGCAUCAUUCUCAAGUCCAAGUCAGUGGUUACCGGGGGUCCUUUGCCUAGCGAUCACGAGUAUGAACUUCAUGAGGUUCGAUUCCACUGGGGCAAAGAGAACCAGAGAGGAUCAGAGCACACUGUCAACUUCAAGGCUUUCCCCAUGGAGCUUCAUCUGAUUCACUGGAACAGCACCCUGUUCAACACUUUGGAGGACGCUCUGGCAAAGAAGAACGGAGUCCUCAUCAUAGCUCUUUUUGUGCAGAUUGGUAAGGAGCAUCUGGGUCUGAAGGCCAUCACUGAAGUUCUGCAGGACCUACAGUACAAGGGGAAGAGUAAAUUAAUCCCGUGCUUCAACCCCAACACUCUGUUACCUGACCCGUUACUGAGAGACUACUGGGUAUAUGAAGGAUCUCUGACCACCCCGCCUUGCAGUGAAAACGUGACCUGGAUCUUGUACCGCUACCCUCUCACCAUCUCACAGCUGCAGAUCGAGGAGUUUCGGAGGCUGCGGUCCCACGUUAAAGGGGCCGAGCUGCUGGAGGGGAAUGACGGGCUGCUGGGUGACAACUUCCGUCCCACCCAGCCACUCAGUGACCGGACAGUUCGCGCUGCCUUCCAGUGACUGUCAUUCACCACCUCCAACUCAGAGGAACAAUGGGACCUACAGAUACGAGUAUUGAAGGAGAGAAGAAAGACGAGGCGGGAAGAGAGGAACAGAAAGAGAAAGAAGAGAAGGAAGGUUGAUGUUGUUGACGAGCUGCAGACUGAAGGUGGACAAAGAAGCUAUUGAUAACACACCUUCACCCUGUGCUUCAUGUGUUUAUGUGUGUGUGUGUGUGUGUGUGUGUGUGUUUAUGUGUGUGUGUGAGUGUCCUGAUCAGAUGAUAGUAGACCGAUACAGUCAAAACAAGAGGAAACAUGAACCACAGAACACACACACACACACACACACACACACACACACACACACACACACACACACACACACACACACACACACACACACCUUCACUUCACAUGUGCUGUAUACAUCAAACUGGAAAGGAGGUCACAAACAGCCUGUCAUGUAAAAUGUUGACGUUUCACUUCUUGUGUUUGUUCAGCAGCAGUUUGAGCCGAAGUUCACUCGUACACACGUCAGUUACAAGCAUUUGCACCGUCCUCGUUUCUCCUCCUUGAAUCUCUGAUACAGUUUUAAUGUCCUUUUCAUUGUUAAAAAGCCGAAUAUAAAGACAAAGACAGCGAAUGUCUUCACACAGUGUUUCCUGUUAGCAGCUUUAAUACAGAGUGUUUGUGUCGGAGCCUCCUGUAACACCGGUAACACUACUGUCUUCACUCCCUCCAUGUUGUUUCAGGAGGCGGGGAGGAUUGUGAGCGCUGCUGUGGUGUGUAUAAGUAUGUGUGUGUGUGUGUGUGUGUGUUUGUGUGUCUUUAGUGUCUUAAAGGUACGGUGUCUGACGAGUGACAGUGAGAGCUGAAGACUCACCAAUAAACCACAAC